GGGAGCAUUCAACAGUCUGCAUUUAAGACGAACAGGUGGCGAGCGUUUAUCAGAGCUCAGAGAUUACUUCUCGCUGCUUAUCCAGAAUCUCGCAUCCGUGAAAGAGAGAAUGAGAGAGAGCGUGCGAAAACAAGUUUAGAUUACCAGCUGAGCGCGAGAUUUUGUUAUCAGUGAACGCGUCGCACUAUCAUCGCGUCCAGAACGACUUAAAAGGCAAACGGCACUAUCGCAGCCACUCGCAGUGCACAUUGAGACGUUGUCCGGAGAGCAUUUAGCAUUCAAUUCAAUUAAUUCGAAACUCCAAUUCGAUUUCAGUGAAACUCUUACACUUACAACUCAUUUUGUGCGUCGUGUGCUACGCUGAAAUAACAGCUGACAUAAUGCCAGAGAAACAAAUUGCACCAGUUAUCAAUCGAUUAGAAGAGUUCGAAAAGAAUUUACCAGGUUACCUGGACACACACAACAAGCUGGCCAUAUUGCUGGAUUAUGAUGGCACCUUGGCGCCCAUUGCCGACAAUCCGAACAAGACCAAAAUGCCCGUAGAGCUGGAGGCCAUAUUGCGUAGGCUGGCCAAGCAUCCGCAAAUAUUUAUGGCCGUCAUUUCGGGUCGUGCACUGAGGGAUGUGCACGCACUUGUCAACAUCGAUGGGGUUACCUUUGCAGGCAAUCAUGGACUUGAGAUUGAGUACCCGGAUGGAUCGCGUCACGACUUUGAGCUGCCCGGCGAGAUACAGCGAAACUAUACGGCCAUGGUGGAUGAGUUGAAAGAGCGUGUGGAGAAGAAUGGCGCCUGGGUGGAGGAUAAGCGCGUCUCGCUUACCUUUCACUAUCGCGAUACACCUGCGCACCUGAAGGAUGAACUAAAACAACUGGCGGCGGAGAUCUGUCAGCGACAUGGCUUCCGUCCCAAUCAGGCGCACGAGGCCAUCGAGGCGAAGCCGCCAGUUGACUGGAACAAGGGCGAAGCGGCACUUCACAUUCUCAAGACCAAAUUCGGCCCCAACUGGGCCGAUGAGGUGCGCGUGGUGUUCGCGGGCGAUGAUACCACAGAUGAGGAUGCCAUGCGGGUGCUGCAGGGCUUGGGCCGAUCCUUCCGCAUUGCUGCCGAUGCUCAGAUACAAACCUUUGCGGAUUUCCGUUUGCCCAAACAGGAUCUCAUGACGGAUCUGCUCAAAUGGAUAUCCACAGUUUACGUCUGUUAGCCAAUUCAAAGAAUUUAUUUAUAACUUUAUUUUAUCCAUAAGAAACUACAAUUUGUUGAAACAAAAUCACAUUUAAAUAUUGUUAAUUUUGCUAAGAAAAUUCUUAAACAUAUAUAAUUUAAUAUUUUUUAUUACUAAAGGUAGUAUUUAACUAUUUUAAACAAUUUGCAAGAACUUUGAAAUUGUUUGUACUCUAAAAAAAAAAUAUGAUUUUUGAAUGAUGAUAUACUCUUGUUUUAAAGUUUUAUUCAUUUUAAUUGAAAAAAAAAAAAAUGUUUAAUAACAGAAAACUACAAUAAAUAUGUUAAUAUUGACUAACUAUAAAAUUCACAAAAAUUUUGUUAAUAUUUUCAGAUAUUUACUUUAUGUAUCGUGCAUUAAAUUCUUUAUUAAAUUAUUGAAUUUCCUAUUCCA